AGAUGGGCUAUUUGGCCGCCCAGAAAGACAUCUCUAUAUAUACACAUAAACCAAGAUUUUGCCCUUGGUCGUCUCGGAAAAUUUUCUUUUACUUUCCUCAGAAAAUCUUCAAUAUCCCGACAGAGACAGAUAGAAGAAGAAGAAGGCAUCGUUUUCGAUCAGAGAUUGACAAUCGCGAGUGAAUCCAGAAACUACAUACCGAUGAGGUUUCUAUGUGCCUUGAUGGGUUGCUCUGUCUCCGCAAAAAGUGUAAGAGGACGGCGACCGCCCGGCUACGAAGAUCCCACCGUCCUUGCCGCCGAAACCCCCUAAUGUUUUUUUUGUGUGUGUUAACAGUCACAGUUAGCGAAGUGGAAGCAUUAUACGAGCUCUUCAAGAAACUUAGCAGCUCCAUCAUUGACGAUGGACUCAUUCAUAAGGAGGAAUUCCAACUCGCUCUGUUUCGAAAUAAAGACCGAAGAAACCUCUUUGCCGAUCGGAUAUUCGAUUUAUUCGAUGUUAAGCGUAAUGGAGUAAUCGAGUUUGGGGAAUUUGUCCGAUCACUUGGCGUUUUUCAUCCGAACGCAUCCAUCGACGAAAAACUCAAAUUCGCGUUCAAGUUGUACGAUCUCAGGCAAACGGGUUUCAUCGAACGGGAAGAAUUGAAAGAAAUGGUCUUGGCGCUUCUUCACGAAUCUGACUUGGUCCUGUCGGAAGAUGUAAUCGAAAUAAUCGUCCAUAAGACCUUUACUGAGGCGGACCGAAAAAAUGAUGGGAAAAUUGAUCUGGAAGAGUGGAAGGAAUUUGUGUCAAAGAACCCAUCGCUCAUCAAGAACAUGACUUUGCCAUAUCUCAAGGAUAUAACAGUGGCAUUUCCAAGCUUCGUAAUGUCGCCAGAAGUGGAGGACUUGGAGGAGCAUGGCAGCCUGGUGCACACCACAUAACAUAUAUAAAAGCGCAAAUAAAAGCCUGGCCGACUAUAUUGAAACGAUAAAUAAUGCGAAGCAAAGAAGGCCAAUUUUGGAAUAUGUAUACUGUGAAUCUGUACAUAUCAUGUUUCUCUUCUUAGUAAACAAAUAGAUUUUGUUUGUGAUUGUGAUUAUGAUUAUUAUCAUAAUUUAAACGGAUCUGUUUAAUGGUUU